CUAAUGACAUAAAGCUCGUGCCAACCGAAAGGGAAACAACUGAACAAUAACGGUCGGAGUGUGGAACGGCUUACCUGUGCCAAAGGACAUAAGCAACAGUUGUCCCGUUUAGUGGCCGGAAGGGUUCAGUAGAACAGUGUGUUAUUUGCUUAGUGCUUUGUGCUGGGAAAGAAAGGCAAGUGUUGUUCCCGUUGAUGUGAAUAGAAUAUUGUCCAUUCUUCAAAAUCUGACACACAAUCGUGGCGCGAACUUUACCAGCCAAAUAAAACGGAUUCCGAACAAGUGAGAACCCAAAUUCCUAUGUUAGACAAAGUGUAAAAGUUGGUGAUGAAAUUUUAAAUGCAACUCUCCAAAUAGUGUAUCAAUUGUGAACAAAUCAAAUCCACAGCUACCGCUUUCUGCAACUGUUUUGUUCGGUUUACCAAGAACGUCUACACAGGGUUCGUUUUCUGCUCUUUUACAAACAUAACGAAUAUGUGCCGAAUAAACUUCACAACGUUAAGUUUACUUCUUGUUCUGUGGACAGGCAGUAUCGAGUCAGAGCCAUCACAAAAUGCAGACGGUUCCAUAAAAGGUUUAUACGAAUACCUGCUACAACGAGAGUACGCCGCUCCAGUGUCAUACGCAGAUCAUCAGAUAAAACGAAAGGCAGUGCGCUCACCAUCCUUGCGGUUACGAUUCGGGCGGCGUAGUGAUCCGUCAAUGCCGGUGGAGCCUGAGGACGACGAUAUGGUCAAUCAGAGAUCAAUAAGAGCGCCCCAACUACGGUUGCGGUUUGGUCGAACUGACCCACUGUGGUCAUCCUUCAAUGAAAACGCUCUGCUGGAGGAGAAACGAGCGCCAUCGCAACGACUUCGGUGGGGUCGAUCCGGAGGAAUGUUUUCCACCAAUGACGUUAUGCAACAGAAGGCAAUCCGAGCGCCCCAAUUACGACUUCGAUUUGGCAGAAGUGACCCGUCCUGGGCCAUGUUCAAUGAGCACCAGCUGGAUGAACAACAAUUUGCAGAUGCCACGCGACAGCCUUCGAAGUCGCUCAAAGACGACGAACCGGCGUCAAUAGAAACCAACGAGACCGAAUCCGAGGAGAACUCGCCAAACAAUUUAGAUGAGAAAUAACUCAGAUCACACAUUCGCUAAAUCGGACUCGAGCAUAACUCAUUUUUCAGUUUCAAUAGCGUUAUAGACUAGGUUGCAUUGUGUUGGCCCCCAAGAUGUGUUAUCGGUAUUUGAGCUAGGUUGACCAACUAUAUUCAAUAUGUUACAUAUGAUAAUAAAUAACAUCAUUUUCAUCGAACAGUCGACCUUGCGAGAAAAAAAAAUGUGAAAAUUAUUAAGAAUAAUAGAUCUCAUCACAUAACUAAAGCUUAAACUCCUGUCAUCUAUCAAUACAAAACACAACUGAAAAUGGCAGCAAUUAAAGAGCAGACUAAGUGUGAUGGUUAGUGUCAAUAAUAGGGUAUCAAACAUAGUGUCGAUACUAUUUUAUAUCACAACUUUGUGAAACAGUAGACCCGAAAAACCAAUUUCUAUCUAGCAAAGAUUAUAGCAUCUGCAUGUUUGACAAAACAUUCAUUCAGUGUGAAUAGAUGAUUGCUCCGCAAAGGCGUUCAUAGUCCCACACUUUAUCAUCAACUAAUGCACUAAACAGGACGUGUUUCUCUCACAGUUGCAAUUAAACAGUAUUCGUUCAAAUUUUAAUCUAUAUACAGUAAGUCAAGUUGAAGUAUUAUUAGCAUUUAAUGAAGGAUACCGUGUGUCCUACCAAGUCACACAACUAUAGAGGCGGUUACAAUUAUCAGCAUCGCGUGCAAAGAUACGAAGUGUUAGAAGAGAUUAUGUAUUGAGACAAAUGUAUUUAAGGGAAAUGCAGCAUGUACAUGUGUAUAAAAUAAAUUAUUACAUUCACAUCUAGUGGAGAAACUUA